UACAGAAGAAACAUGGCACCUUUUACAAUCACUUGAAAUGUCAAACUGUUGAGUGGACCUGGUCGGAAAAGUGCGCUUUAAGUGUCACGACGAACAUCGUCGUUUGGAGGAAUAUAUCAUCUGCAACGAAUCAUUGGAAUAGUUUCAACGUGAAACGGUGGAUAUACGAAUUCGUCAAGGUAUACGGGAAAGCAAUAACCUUGAAGAAUGGACGAAACAUAUUUUGAUGAAGGGCCAGCGGGAAAUUUUGAAACGGCCACUCUGGAGAUCACCAAGGAUUCUGAUGGAAAUGAACUGAAUAACUCUGCACCUGGUGCGAUCAACAAUGGAAAGAAUGACAGAGAGAACCGGAGCAACAUUCCAACUCAAAUUGCAACAUCGAUGGAUAUUUCCAAUAUUCCAUUCAAGCAUAUAGACAUCCAUUCUUUCUUCUCGGAUAGGAAUGAAGUUGUGGAGAGGGCUAUGCAUGAUUGUCAAGAGAGUUUAAUAAAUGAAGAAGAGAAGGACAUUGCUGGAAGUUGGCUCCUAACAGAGAUAAGUCUGUGGGAUACAGAGAAGGAACGAUUGGUGCUCCUCACCAAGAAAGCUAUUUAUACAAUAAAAUAUGAUUUUAUUUCCUUAAAGAUUCUAGAGUAUAAUCGAAUACCCUUAUCACAAAUUGAUACAAUGGUGUCUGGUGAACUAAUCUAUCCAUCUGCAUCUUUAGCUCCACGAUUAAGUGGAUUGGCUGAGGGUGUGUCUUCAUUGUUUCAUUGUGCAGUUCGUCAAGAGUGGUCUCCACUUACCUCUUGUUCUGGACUUGCACAAUUUGAACCUAGAAAAAGAUCCAUGUCUGGGGUCAGACUGAUGUGGAACAAGGGUGGUCCAUUGCCAUUAAGUAAGAAAUGGAACCCAUUUGCAAAAAACAUACCGUGGCUCACGUAUGCUAGUCAUCCAUUAUUUUGGUAUAAAGGCUCAGAAGCGGAAAAAGCAAAAUUCGACGUUGAGGGUUUACAUUCAACAAUUGUAAGCUUAUUGCCGGUAGAAUCUACCGUUAGAACUGGGCCUAUUAUUAUAGAAAAUUACUGUGGUCUAGGCGCUUUGGUUCACAAUAGAAAUGGAUUAGGUUUUUUUAAGAUUCGGGGUAAAAUCAGCUUUUAA